CCCGGGAGAGGUGGGGCGCUGCGCCUGACUUCACCCUGCCCGGGCCGACUCUGUUGUUGUUGUGUCGGUGACGCGGCAAGUCCAGCCGGCCGAUCGGCAAAUGAGUCAGCGUCAAUAAUCUGCCUAUCUGCGGAUGCGGAGAUUAUUACAGAUCUCCCAGCAAAACGCUCACGCAUCGAUUAGCGGCAAUUAAGCAAACAUGGCGGUUCCUGCAGCCCCAAACCUGCAGCUGAACACGGCGAGACAAAGCAGCCCCGUGAACUCUCCAGAAAACAACAUCCACAUCGACGAGAGAGAGCUGGAAAACAUCACAAACCACAUCGAGGACGGCACCUCGCUGCCCCUGCACUCUCCCUGGACCUUCUGGCUGGAUCGGUCAUUACCGGGAACAACGGCAGCAGAGUGUGAAUCGAAUCUUAAAAAGAUAUACACUGUCCACACUGUACAGAGUUUCUGGAGUGUGUACAACAACAUCCCUGCCGUGUCCUGCCUCCCCCUGAGGUGUAGCUACCACUUAAUGAGAGGAGAGAGAAGACCAUUAUGGGAAGAGGAAAGCAACGCCAAGGGAGGUGUUUGGAAGAUGAAAGUGCCAAAGGAGAGCACAUCAGCUGUGUGGAAGGAGCUGCUAUUGGCCACGAUUGGUGAACAGUUCACAGAUUACUGUGCGUCGGAGGACGAGGUGGUGGGAGUCAGCGUCAGUGUGAGGGAACGAGAAGAUGUGGUCCAGGUCUGGAACGGGAACGCCUCCUUUGCCAACGAGGCCAACGUUUUAGGAAGGAUCUACGAACUUCUUCCACAGAUAUCUUUUAAAGCAGUAUUUUAUAAGCCACACGAGGAGCACCAUGCGUUCGAAGGCGGUCGCUCAAGACAUUAGCGAGCUUUGCACACUCACCGCGGUUUUCCCUGUUUUUGGACUGAUCCUAGAAAACGGACUGAAAACGGAAAAAAAAGAAUCCCCCCCGGGGCGAACGGAACUCUUGGGUUGUUUCAUAUCACAUAGGAAGUGCUGCGGCCCCUGUUUUUAAGUUGUAAGCGUCGCAGAUGAUCCCUCCGUGCUUUUUCCGUAAGGAUUUUUUCUCAUGCCAGAUAUUUAGGCAAUAUUAAUAAAGCUCACAUAGCCAGUAGCGUACGUAAUGUAAAUCAUGACGACAAAGCAAUGCUGCCCUCAGCCUCCCAUUUCUAGGUGAUUGAUCAAACGUGCAGUCCAGUGACAGUCGCUGCUUGUCAAAGUGUAUACUCGUCGUGUUAGAAAUCCAUUAGGAUCAAACUCUUUAGGGCUGGUUUUUCCUCAGACGCGCAUUAGGCAUAACCUUAGACUAAAAAAAAGGUCUAUGGCUAAGCUUAAUCUGCUCCUGGGAACUCUUUUAUGCAAAAGUAUUGCACAUUUCUCUUUGGGGGAAAAAAAAACUUUUUGGUUCGGAGGUUGUUAAUGGUUUCGGAGCAAAAGUGGGUUUAACAGCCUUAGUUAUAACCGUAAGUAUACAGCAAAAUGCAUAUGCAAUUCCACCUUUUCACCCUAAACCUGAUAUUUAAGUAAAUUUAAAUGAUCCUGUAUUAAUCACAUGAGGGUAAGUUCUUGCAUCUUGCGAACGGCUUUGCGUUUAUGAUUUCGAAAGCCUGUAUCCAGACAUCCUCCUGUAGUAUUUUAUGUAAUUGAAAGCUGUUUUAGCGUCAUAGCACUGUUGAACUUCUCCUUUCUUUUUUUUCUUUGGUUACUGCCUCGUGGUUGAGAUCCUGCAUUUUGUUUUAUGUAUUCCGGUAGGCGCUCAGUGUCUCGUCUUUUGUCAAAGUAGCCCAAACGCUUAAUAUUUUCAUCGUCUGAAAUCUGAAUUUUUUUUUUUUAACUUAUGCAUUUGCUUCUAACUGCCUUUUUAUUCACUGUAACCACACUGUGUCUUGUUUCAGAGUGCUUAUUAUUGUGGUUCGUUUUAUUGUGUUUGGAUGGAUGCUUGUGUCGGACAACUCGUGAGCCGAGGGGGCGAGCUAGCCUGGAUAUCGUCAAAUGAUGAAGCUGAAAAUGACCCGUGUAAUCGUCGAAGCAUAUAUUUUUUAUUUUUCAGUACCAAAGAGAUGUUUUCCUGUGCUGUAAUGCAUCGCUGUCUGUGUCCUGCACGUGUCCGCGUCCUUCUGAACUCGCAUAGAGAGAGUUUAUCACAUUUGUCUUCAUCAUUAGCUCACUUUCUGCUGUAUGGAUUUUUAUUAUUUUUUUUUAAAGGUUUGUCUAAUCAGAAACGUCAAGCCCAAAAAGACCUGCAUCACGAACCAGGUCCCUUAAUGCACUAAAAAGCACAAUUAUGAUUUUGUCCUUCAUGUGGGGCAGGGAUGUGCAAAAUAACAAGUACAUGCAGCUGACCUUUCACAUUUCAGCCUUUUCCUACCUAUCACCGAUCUCUCAAUGAGAUGCGAGUACUGACGAGGAUUUCACUUUUAGGAACAUUUGUGUCCGUUUUUUCCAGGCUCCCAAUCAGGAUCUGAAACCUCAAACUGAUUGUCAAUCUUCUGGAAUGGUGCCUUGUUCUCCCAGGGUUUCACUCACAGAAUGUUUUGUUUAUCUCUAUGUAUUUAAUCGGUUAUAUUAUAAUUUCUUUUCUUUCGCUUAUAGGUUUUGAAAUAUUGAAUAAAUACAAAACAGACUUCGAAA